UAAAUGGAAGGAAAGACUUGACUAGACCACUCGGAAGGACUAAAGAGCACUCGCUUCAUCUCUGGCACUUAUUUUCGUUUCAUAAUAUGUUCCGGAUUUUAUUACAUUUAUGGAAAGCUGAAGAUCGGGAGUACUAAUAAUAGGAACACGGGGUGACAUAAAAAGGAUGAUGUCUCCCUUAGUGCUUCUAUUCAUUAUUAUAGCAUUUUUGGGGCCAACAUGUGAAAAUACAUAUAAUGUGACAGAUUCAGUUACACAUCCUACACCCUCAACAAUUAGGAGAAUUAUUGAAAGACCCCGACUGAAUAACAAGACACUGGAAUACUGGCCUGUGGCCAAUCGUACGAAUACUAAAAUCUUUAGGAGAGGAGCACUUGUUAUUUCCAGACAAUACUGGUACCCCUUUUUAGAAAUAUCCCUUAAAAAAUCAAAUCCCAUAUCACCUGCUGUCACAUUCGCCACAACACCAACAGACUCAUAUUCAACAGAGACCUUCAACUCAUUACCAUCAACAACAACGAUGCCCAUUUCCCCAGAAACCGCUUCAGAAGAAUCAACAACCAAAACAACAAACUCUACCCUUUCAACAGAGCCUCUAACAACCACCAUUCAAGCACAUUCAAGCAAACAGAAGACUCCAGAUGUAAGAACAGAAACCACAACAGAUUCACAAACUUCAGUUCUGCCAGAGACAAUCACCACUCAAACAACAGCAAUCAAUUCAUCAACCGUCAACUCAAGACAACCAAAAAUUCUCACACAACCUAGUAGCACAAAAGGUCCAGAAACAGAAACCACCAUUUCAUCUACAGAUCAACCAGUUGCAUCAGCUACAACGAGUACAACAACUGAAGCAACAUCCAGAAAUGCAUCACUCGCUUCCACUACACUAUUACAGUCUACAGUGGAGGCAGGAUCAACAGAGGCGACUGUGAUACUCGAAACAGGAACAAUGUCAACACUUCAGCCUGUACAGACAGUAUCUACAGAAGAGCCAGUGACAACCAAAGCAGUACAAUCUGCAGCAAUGUCAACACAGUCAAAAACAUCCCCUCAAGAAACAACAGAGCAAUUACAACCUAAAACAGAUUUAAUAACACAAAGUGAAACAGUGUCAGAAACAGAAUCCCCACCAACAAAAUCAUCAACAUCUAGUGCGACUCUUACAUCUGUAGAGUUAGCAAGUGCAACUACUUCACCAGCAACAGGAGCAACAUCAGCGUUGCCAGAAAGUGCACUGAGCACAUCAGCUGCUGUUAGCAAUGAACCAACAACUAAGACAACACUAACUAAGGUUACAUCUCCUGCAUCACAUUCUGUGGGAAUAGAUACACUACCAACAACAGCAGACUCCACCACUUCACCUAAAGCUUCAACUAUGAUACCAGUAACAUCUCAAGUCACAACUGAGCCUUUAACAGCCCAAAAUGAAACUACACUGUUAAUGUCAACGACGACAGUAUCAGACGCUCAUGCCUCAGAUAUCUCCACUACUGUCAAAACAAUGACACAAGAUGACACAGCUUCUACAUCAACCGGUCAAACCACAUUAUCAACAACUUUUAGAACAGAAUCAACUAUUUUUCCCAGCACAUCAGCUCCAAUAACAGAGGCAUCAUCACCUUCAAUAACAACAGACACAAGUACAUCUAGUAAUACAGAAUCAUCUACAGAAGCCACAGCAGCUGCAACAGGAACAAGCACAGCAUCAACUGUUAGAAAUGAUACAGAAACAACCGGAAUUACUUCAACACAAGACACAUUGACAACAAAAACUAGCCAACAAGAGUCUACUACUCCACCCAAAUCUUCAACCCUGGCGCUGAUGACAUCAGCAUUGCCAGUAAGUGCACAGGACACAUCUACAGGAGAAACUGUUAGCAAUCAGGUAGAAACAACAAAGACAACACUAGCUGAGGUUUCAUCUCCUGCAUUACAAUCUGUGGGAGUAGAUACCUUAACAACAACAAUAACAACCAACCUAGUAGAAUCUUCAACUGCAUCCACAGCUUCAACGUUGGUAUCAGAAACAUCUCAAGUCACAUCCGAACCUUCAACAGCCCAAAAAGAAACUACAACAUUAAUGCCAGUGAUUCCAGUAACAAUGCAUCAUACCUCAGUAGUCUCCACCACUAUCAAAACAGUAACACAAACUGAAACAGGUUCUACAUCAACAGGUCAAACCAUAUUAACAUCAACUUUUUCUACAGAAUCAGCUAUUUCUUCCAGCACAGGAGCUCCAGCAACAGAGGCAUCAUCCCCUUCAAUAACAACAGACACAAGUACAUCCAGAACUACAGAUUCAUCUACAGAAACCACUGCAGCUACAUCAGGAACAAGCACAGCAUCAACUGUUAGAAAUGAUACAGAAACAACGGGGAUUACUUCAACACAAGGUACAUUAACAACAAAAACUAGCCAACAAGAGUCUACUACUCCACUCCAAGCAUCAACCCUGGUGCUGGUGACAUCAUCAUUGCCAGUAAGUGCACUGGGCACAUCUACAGGAGAAACUGUUAGCAAUCAAGUGGAAACAACUAAGACAACACUAGCUGAGGUUUCAUCUCCUGUGUUACCAUCUGUGGCAGUAGAUACAUUGACAACAACAAUAACAACAAGCCUAUCAGAAUCUUCAACCGCACACACAGCUUCAACAUUGAUAUCAGAAACAUCUAAAGUCACAACCAAACCUUUAACAGCCCAAAAAGAAACCACAACAUUAAUGCCAGUAACAAUGGAUUAUACCUCAGAAGUCUCCACCACUGUCAAAACAGUGACACAAGCUGAAACAGCUUCUACAUCAACAGGCCAAACCAUAUUAACAUCAACUUUUACAACAGAAUCAACUAUUUCUCCCAGCACAGCAGCUCCAAUAACAGAGGCAUCAUUCCCUUCAAUAACAACAGACACAAGAACAUCCAGUAUUUCAGAAUCAUCUACAGAAUCCACUGCAGCUACAUCAGGAACAAGCACAGCAUCAACUGUUAGAAAUGAUACACAAACAACCGGAAUUACUUCAACACAAGAUACAGUGACAACAAAAACUAGCCAACAAGAGUCUACUACUCCACUCCAAGCAUCAACCUUGGUGCUGGUGACAUCUGCAUUGCCAAUAAGUGCACAGGGCACAUCUACAGGAGAAACUGUUAGCAAUCAAGUGGAAACAACUAAAACAACACUAGCUGAGGUUUCGUCUCCUGUGUCACAAUCUGUGGCAAUAGAUACAUUGACAACAAACCUAGUAGAAACUUCUACUGCAUCCACAGCUUCAACAUUGGUAUCAGAAACAUCUCAAGUCACAACCGAACUUUCAACAGCCCAAAAAGAAACUACAACGUUAUUGCCAGUCACAAUGGAUUAUACCUCAGAAGUCUCCACCACUGUCAAAACAGUAACACAAGCUGAAACAGUUUCUACAUCAACAGGUCAAACCAUAUUAACAUCAACUUUUACAACAGAAUCAACUAAUUAUCCCAGCACAACAGCUUCAAUAACAGAAUCAUCAUCACCUUCAAUAACUACAGACACGAGUACAUCCAGAACUACAAAUUCAUCUACAGAAACCACUGCAGCUACAUCAGGAACAAGCAUAGCAUCAACUGUUACAAAUGAUACACAAACAACCAGGAUUGUUUCAACUCAAGAUACAGUUACAACAAAAACUAGCCAGGAAGAGUCUACUACUCCACUCCAAGCAUCAACCCUGGUGCUGGUGACAUCAGCAUUGCCAGUGAGUGCACAGAGUACAUCUACAGGAGAAGCUGUUAGUAAUCAGGUAGAAACAACUAAGACAACACUAGCUGAGGUUUCAUCACCUGCAUCACAAUCUGUGGCAGUAGAUACAUUGACAACAACAAUACCAACAAACCUAUCAGAAUCUUCAACUGCAUCCACAGCUUCAACAUUGGUAUCAGAAACAUCUCAAGUCACAUCCGAAACUUCAACAGCCCAAAAAGAAACCACAACAUUAAUGCCAGUGAUUCCAGUAACAAUGCAUCAUACCUCAGUAGUCUCCACCAAUAUCAAAACAGUAACACAAGCUGAAACAGUUUCUACAUCAACAGAUCAAACCACAUUACCAUCAACUUUUACUACAGAAUCAGCUAUUUCUCCCAGCACAGCAGCUCCAGAGGCAUCAUCACCUUCAAUAACAACAGACACAAGUACAUCCAGAACUACAGAUUCCUCUACAGAAACCACUGCAGCUACAUCAGGAACAAGCACAGCAUCAACUGUUAGAAAUGAUUCACAAACAACGGGGAUUACUUCAACACAAGGUACAUUAACAACAAAAACUAGCCAACAAGAGUCUACUACUCCACUCCAAGCAUCAACCCUGGUGCUGGUGACAUCAUCAUUGCCAGUAAGUGCACUGGGCACAUCUACAGGAGAAACUGUUAGCAAUCAAGUGGAAACAACUAAGACAACACUAGCUGAGGUUUCAUCUCCUGUGUUACCAUCUGUGGCAGUAGAUACAUUGACAACAACAAUAACAACAAACCUAUCAGAAUCUUCAACCGCACCCACAGCUUCAACAUUGAUAUCAGAAACAUCUAAAGUCACAACCGAACCUUCAACAGCCCAAAAAGAAACCACAACAUUAAUGCCAGUAACAAUGGAUUAUACCUCAGAGGUCUCCACCACUAUCAAAACAGUGACACAAGCUGAAACAGCUUCUACAUCAACAGGCCAAACCAUAUUAACAUCAACUUUUACAACAGAAUCAACUAUUUCUCCCAGCACAGCAGCUCCAAUAACAGAGGCAUCAUCACUUUCAAUAACAACAGACACAAGAACAUCCAGUAUUUCAGAAUCAUCUACAGAAUCCACUGCAGCUACAUCAGGAACAAGCACAGCAUCAACUGUUAGAAAUGAUACACAAACAACCGGAAUUACUUCAACACAAGAUACAGUGACAACAAAAACUAGCCAACAAGAGUCUACUACUCCACUCCAAGCAUCAACCCUGGUGCUGGUGACAUCUGCAUUGCCAGUAAGUGCACAGAGCACAUCUACAGGAGAAACUGUUAGCAAUCAAGUGGAAACAACUAAAACAACACUAGCUGAGGUUUCAUCUCCUGCCUCACAAUCUGUGGCAAUAGAUACAUUGACGACAAUAGCAACAAACCUAGCAGAAUCUUCAACUGCAUCCACAGCUUCAACAUCGAUAUCAGAAACUUCUCAACUCACAAGUGAACCUUCAACAGUACAAAAUGAAACUACAACCAGAACUACAGAUUCAUCUACAGAAGCCACUGCAGCUACAUCAAGAACAAGCACAGCAUCAACUGUUACAAAUGAUACACAAACAACCAAGAUUACUUCAACACAAGAUACAGUUACAACAAAAACUAGCCAGGAGGAGUCUACUACUCAACUCCAAGCAUCAACCAUGGUGCUGGUGACAUCAGCAUUGCCAGUGAGUGCACAGGGCACAUCUACAGGAGAAACUGUUAGCAAUGAGGUAGAAACAAAGAAGACAACAGUAGCUGAGGCUUCAUCUCCUCCGUCACAAUCUGUGGGAGCAGGUACAUUGACAACAACAACAGGCCUAGCAGAGUCUUCUACUGCAUCCAAAGCUUCAAAAUUGGUAUCAGAAGCAUCUCAAGUCCCAACCGAAACUUCAACAGUCCAAAAAGAAACUACAACAUUAUUGCCAGUUACAACAGCUCAUGCCUCAGAAGGCUCCACUACUGUUGAAACAGUAACACAAGCCAAAAUAGGAUCUUCAUCAACAGGUCUAACCACAUUUACAUCAACUUUAACAACAGAAUCAACUAUUUCUCCUAUCACAACAGCACCAAUAACAGAGGCAUCAUCCCCUUCAAGUACAUCUUCAACUACCACAGCUUCAGCAAUACCAUCAGCAUUACCAACAGCAUUACCUUCAACUGCAUCAAGCACAGCAUCAACUGUUAGAAAUGAACCAGAAACAGCCAGGAUAAAUACAACACAAGAUGCAAUAACAACAAAAACAAGCCUGCCAGAAUCUUCUACUGCACCAACAACUUCAACCUCACCAACAACUCAAGUCACAACUGAACCUUCAACAGAAACAACAACAUUAAUGCCAGUGAUACCUGUAACAAUGGCUCAUACCCCAGAGGUCACUAUCACUGUCAAAACAGUGACACAAAAUCCUACAACACAAGCUGAAACAGGUUCUCCAUCAACAGGUCAAACUGUGUCUCCAAGCACUGCAACACCAAUAACAGAGACAUCAUCACAUUUAACUCAAGCAGGGGACAUAAAGACAACAAUUGCAGGAACAUCCAAAAAUACCAAAUCAUCCACAGAGGACACAACUAUAAGUCAAACUAUUGCAGCAUCAUCAGCAUCGCCAGCAACUCCGCUGGACACAACUACAUCAACAACUGCUAGCAACAACAAGGAAACCACCAAGACAACACUAGCUGAGAUUUCAUCUACAUUUAAAACAACAACAUCAGGCAUAGCAGAGUCAACCACAGCACUUGCAUCUUCAGCCUUGAAACCAGAAACAUCUCAAAUAAUCUCAACUGAACCUUCAUCAACUCACAGAGAAACUACAACAUUAAUGUCAACGACACCAGUAUCAAAUGCUCAUGUGACAGAAGUCUCCACCACUGUCAAAACAGUAACACAAGAUCUUACACCACAAGCUGAAACAGGUUCUUCAUCGACAAGUCAAACUACAUUAACAUCUCAAUUUACACCAAAAUUAAGUACUUCUCCCAGCACAGCAGCACCAAUAACAUCAUCAUCUUCAAGUACAUCAUCAGAGACACCAUCAUCUUCAAGUACAGCUGGUGAAGAAACUACAACAGUCACAAGAACAUCCAGAACUGCAGAAUCAGCAACAGAAACUACAACAUUGUUGGUACCAACAACAAAUGAAACUGUAGCACCUCCAGCAGGAGUGGAGUCGGCAUUACCAUCAACUGCAUCAGGGACCAGCACAGCAUCAACUGUUAGGAAUAUAACUGUUACAAAAACAAGCCAAUCUGAUUCUACUACUCCACCCAAAGCUUCAACUACUGAAUCUACUUUAACUGCUUCAUCUACUGUAUUACAAUCUGUGACAACUGAUACGUUGAGGACAGCUUCAACCUCGAAACAAAAAACAUCUCAAGCUACAACUGAAACUUCACAAGCUACAUUAACACCAGUAACAAUGUCUCAUACCACAGUAGUCUCCACCACUGUCACAACAAGGACACAAGAGCCUACAAAUCAAACAGGUUCUUCAUCAACAGGUCAAACUACAUUACAAUCAAAUUUUACAGCAGUAACAACUAUUUCUUCAAGCAAAACAACACCAAUAAUAGAGGCAUCAUCAACAUCCAACAUUACAAAAUCAUCUACCAGGGGCACAACAUUGUUGGUACCAACAACAGGAAACAACACAGCAGCUACAUCAGGGACAAGCAUAGCAUUAACUGUUAGAAAUGACUUGUUGACAAACAAGACCACCACAGUUAAGAUUUCAUCUACAUCGAACACAACAACAGGCCUACCAGAAUCUAGUACAUCAAACAGAGCUUCAACAUCGACACCACAAACAUCUCAAGUCACAACCAAACCCUCAACAACCAAAAAUGAAUCUAAAGCUUUAACAUCAGUGCCAAUGUCAUCUGUAUCGACAGCUAAUACCUCAGACUUCUCCACUGUUAAAAGAACUACACAAGCUGAAACAACUUCAUCAUCAACAAGAUAUUCUACAUUGACCCAAUCUGUUACCACAACAACUAUGCCAACCACAGGAGCACUAAUAACGUCAAAAACAGAUCCUCCCACCCUUAAAGAGGGAGCUUUACACUUAUCUUUCAGUCUCAAUCAAACAUUCAAAGAAGAAUAUGCAAACAGAUCAUCCCCUGAAUUCCAAUUAUUGGCAAACACUAUAACAGAUCAGAUAAACAAAAUAUUCAUAGAUGUCCAAGGAUAUAAGCGAUCCAGAGUCAAUGGUUUCACGAAUGGUUCCAUUGUAGUUGAUAUGACUCUCAUCUAUGAAAAUUCUUCUGUGGUCCAAAACUCAGCUGCGGUAGAAGCAGUUCUUUAUAGUGGAAAGAUGAAUGGUUCCAUAAAUCUGGACAUCAUACUUACGACUAUCAAAGCAGGGGAAACAGUAACUCCUAAUACAACUACUCCUGUCACAAAUGUAACUGUAGAACCCACAAGGACAAACGAGAACACAAACACCACCUCUGGUGCCCCUCCAUGGAGGAUCCGCUGUUCACUAACGCUUCUGUCUCCAGUCAUCACUGUUUUAUUAGCACCAAGAGUGAUGCUUUUCUAAUUAUACAGUGAAGUAAGGUUUAUAGACUCUACGAAUGUUGCACAAGUUUAUUUUAGGCUCAAACUAGUUUGUACCCUGUGUAGAAGAGGUAUUCAGGACUAUGGCCCAACUAAUAAUCUUAUUAUAUAUUAUUUAACCAAGUGCAGACCCUAAGUUAUUAUAACUCUUAAUUAAUAUGAUGAUACAGGGUAUUUCUUAUUCAAGACAGUUAAGCGUAGGUCACUCAAAUCCCUGAGUUUACUGGUUUGAAUUGUUUUAUAUUUCACUUAGAGUUAACAAUUAAACUUGGCUGAUUUUAUUUGUUUAUAAAAUGUGCUGUGUUUCCGUUACUGUGUUAAAAGUAUGUAAAUAUAAGACAUAUGACGGCCUAUCUGCUGCUAAGCAUCUAUCAGAUUGUUUCUUACUGUACAUAACUACCUCUGAACCAUGCUUUCAUAACCCUAUAGGUAAAAAGUGGUACUAUCCACUUAUACUUUACCUGAGCUAAAACAGGGUUUAGAACAAUAAUAAUCUGGGGUUAAGUGUAUGUAUACAUAUAUAUGUAUGUAUAUAUAUAUAUUCACUUUAUUAUUUUAUUCUUAUUUGUUAUACUUUGUUAAUGUUAUUUGGUUCAUAUUUAAUAUUGCUAUAUAUAUUGAGUACUUCAACUGUGUUUUGUUGUUAGUAAAGAUAACACUUUAUGAUAUGUUUCUUAUUUUGAUUGUCAGCUGAUUAAUUGUGUUUACUUAUAUUAACAUUCUAUGUAAAUAUCAUGAUCUUUAAAUGUAGAAAUAUCCUGGGUUAGCAGAAAGGGAGGAUUGUAAAAUCACUUUGACUCUUAACAUGCACGUAUAAUACAGUAUCUAUUUUUUCUUAAUUUUCCACUUCACCUACAAUUACAAUUGACCUUGUAGUGUAGGUAAUAUAGUUUCAUUGUACCUAACAUUAAACAGCCAGUUUAUCAAGAAUAAAUUGUCGUUUUGAUCGCCACCUGGUGGCUGGAUGCAGUACAAUCUCAAAAAUUAAGUAAGCAUACAAAAGAUUGUACCGUAAGGUCCUAUCUAGUUCUGUGAAAAUCUGACUCCCCCUGAAAAAAGCUGUUCUCAUAAAGCUACAGUCACAUAUUUUUAUACACACACUCUAUAAAGCAAGAUAUGACACCAGCAUAAAUUCGUUGUAUAUGUAAUCUUGCAAACCUGUAUUUUUAUUUUUUUGUAAUUUUGGGUACAUUUUCAUAAAAAAUGUAAAUAAAUUUGAACUGUUU